AGCAGGUGUUAUUAACAGCAGCUAAGAAGAGCUAUAAGAUAUAUUGAAGAAGAAAGACAAAAACGAUCCGCAGCCGACAGGAUUCGAACCUGUGCGGGGAGACCCCAAUGGAUUUCGAGUCCAUCGCCUUAACCACUCGGCCACGACUGCUCAUUGUGGUUCUCUCGUCGCUUAGACAUUACGAUCGGGAUGACGGUACAAGACCUCGUGACAGGUUUGGGCGACAAUCCAUAUUUCGGUGCGGGUGCCGGCCUAUUUGGUAUCGGAAUGCUAACCGCUGCUGCUCGUAAGGGUAUACAAGUUGGAGUGGUAUUAUUUCGUAGACAUUAUAUGAUGACACUGGAGGUUUCGUGCCGAGAUAAGAGCUACCACUGGUUGUUACAGUGGAUAGCAAAUAACGUUCGUCGUACGCAGCACCUCAGCGUUGAGACAAAGUUUAAACAGCUUGAAACAGGAAAGGUGAAAACGAGCUUUGACUUUAUUCCUAGUGUCGGAACGCAUUUUUUUCGUCAUAACGGCACGUGGAUUCGGGUAGAACGAGUUCGAGAACAGCACACAUUAGAUCUUCAUUUGGGCUUGCCUUAUGAAACUGUGACGUUGACAGCACUUGGUACAAAUAAAACGAUUUACUUUGACAUACUUGCUAAAGCGCGCGCGGAAGCCCUUCAAAAGGAGAUAGGAAAGACAUUAAUGUACACACCAAUCGGAUCUGAAUGGAGACAGUUUGGACACCCCCGCGAACGCAGACAACUGGACAGUGUUAUCCUGGAUAAAGGCAUUAAGGAAAGAAUACUUAAUGAUGUCAACGAGUUUAUCAGUACACCUCAGUGGUACAUGGAACGAGGUAUUCCAUAUCGUCGGGGUUACCUUCUUUAUGGACCACCGGGUAGUGGCAAGAGCAGUUUCAUCACAGCGUUAGCAGGGCACCUCGAGUAUAGCAUUUGCGUGAUGAAUCUCAGCGAUCAGGGUCUUACCGACGACCGGCUAAAUCAUCUUAUGAACGUUACGCCUCAGCAAACGAUCGUCUUGCUUGAGGAUAUCGACGCAUGUUUCGUAUCUAGGGGAAGGAAGGGUGAAGAUCCUGUGGCCUAUGACGGACUGAAUCGUGUUACUUUGAGUGGUCUCUUGAAUAUGCUCGAUGGAGUAGCAUCAUCAGAGGCUCGUAUUCUAUUUAUGACCACCAAUUACAUUGAACGUCUGGACCCUGCCCUCAUAAGGCCUGGACGUGUUGACGUGAAGGAGUUUAUAGGUGCCGCAUCUGAUUAUCAACUGUCGGAAAUUUUUCGUCGAUUUUAUCCGGAAGCAAAUGAUGCCAUGGCUAAGAAAUUCGUCGCUUCUCUUCGUAAACAUCACAACGAUGUUAGCAUGGCUCAAAUACAAGGCCUUUUUAUGUUCUAUAAGCAUGAUCCUCGAUUAGUGGUGGACGAGGGUGUGCCAAAGUUGAUGUCAUUGUAACGUUACCUUGCGAAAGCUUUAUAUUCACAUAGUAGCAUAGUUAUAUUAUCUCAUGAGAGGCUCAUUUAUAGUAUUUUAAUACUAUAAUUUUUACCGUAGGCAUAUGUGCAGGUAUUGUACAUAAUUGUUAUUGCUCUAUAUAAUAAAACAUA